GUGCCCAGGUUAGGCUGAGGGGGAGGCGCCGCUCCAUCCUUCCCUAACCUGGCGCGAGCGGUGAGUCCCCGCCGCUCCGGCCGCUGCCGCCGCUCCCGCCGCCGCCUGGCUGGGCAGCGCCAACGCCGAGAGGGCCGGCCCGCCGCGCUUGCCCCCGACCGGCCCGGCCUCUCGGGAAGGGCCAGCCAAAGUUCACACCAGUGUGUCUCUGUCAGAAACCGGGCACGCCAGAUGGGUCUCUAAGGAGUUGAUGGUUGCCGAUCCAUUCAUGAGUUAAGGACGGAGUUGAUCUCGAGCGAAAUCAUGUCAACCUGUGGGAUAGACGAUGACAUUCCCCAGGGAGAAAGGAAAACGGUCACGGAUUUCUGUUACCUGCUGGAUAAAUCCAAGCAGCUUUUCAACGGCUUGAGAGAUUUGCCCCAGUAUGGGCAGAAGCAGUGGCAAUCUUACUUCGGCAGGACCUUUGAUGUUUACACCAAGCUCUGGAAGUUCCAGCAGCAACAUCGACAAGUCCUGGACAAUCGGUACGGCCUGAAGCGCUGGCAGAUUGGGGAGAUCGCCUCCAAGAUUGGGCAGCUUUACUACCACUACUACCUUCGCACCUCUGAAACCAGCUACCUGAACGAAGCCUUCUCCUUCUAUUCUGCGAUACGGCAGAGGUCUUACUACUCCCAGGUCAACAAGGAAGACAGGCCCGAGCUAGUGGUGAAGAAAUUACGCUAUUACGCCCGGUUUAUUGUGGUUUGCCUCUUACUCAACAAAAUGACUGUGGUCAAAGAACUGGUCAAGGAACUAUCCGACGAGAUUGAAGAUUACACCCACCGCUUCAACACCGAAGAUCAGGUAGAAUGGAAUCUCGUCCUGCAAGAAGUGGCUGCUUUCAUUGAGGCAGACCCGGUGAUGGUCUUAAACGACGACAACACGCUGGUGAUCCUGUCCAACCGCCUCUCGGAAACGGGAGCCCCACUGCUGGAGCAAGGGAUGAUCGUGGGGCAGUUAACCCUCGCCGAUGCCCUUAUCAUUGGCAACUGCAACAAUCAGGUGAAGUUUAGCGAGCUGACAGUCGACAUGUUCCGGAUGCUGCAGGCGCUGGAGAGAGAGCCCAUGAACCUCGCCACGCAGAUGAACAAGCCGGGGCUGCAGGAGAGCAGCGAAAAACCAGCCCGAAGAGAAAACCCGCACAAAUACUUGUUGUACAAGCCAACUUUCAGCCAGCUCUACACCUUCCUUGCGGCAUCAUUUAAGGUUUGUGCAGCAGAGGAGCUGCCUGCCAAUAGCGUCCUGUUGAUCUACUUGUCAGCCACCGGUGUCUUCCCUUCAGGUCGUUUGGAUAGUGAAGGUCCCUAUGAUUUUGGGGGUGUCCUGACCAAUAGCAACCGGGACGUCAUAAACGGGGACGGGAUCCACAAACGGAACCAGUUGUACAAGGAAAUGCAUUGCUUGCACCCUGGUGAUCUCUACCCUUUCACCAGGAAGCCUCUGUUUGUCAUAGUGGAUUCGUCGAACAGCGUCGCCUACAAGAAUUUCACCAACUUGUUUGGGCAGCCACUGGUCUGCUUGCUUUCUCCCACCACGUAUCCCAAAGCGUUGCAAGAUCAAUCCCAACGAGGCAGCCUCUUCACUUUCUUCCUGAACAAUCCGCUCAUGGCAUUCCUGUUUGUCUCCGGGUUAUCAAGCAUGCGCAAAGGACUGUGGGACAAAUGUCACGACUACCUUCGGAAAAUCAACCGGGAUAUCGCACAACUCUUGACUCAUUCCCGCUCCAUAGACCAGGCCUUUCUCCAGUUUUUUGGAGAUGAGUUCCUGCGCUUGCUUCUAACAAGGUUUAUUUUCUGCUCAGCCACCAUGAGAAUGCACAAAAUCUUCCGGCAGGAAACCAGGAAUUAUCCCGAAUCGUAUCCCCAACUGCCCAGGGAUGAAACGGUGGAAAAUCCGCACCUCCAAAAGCACAUUUUGGAAUUGGCUUCAAUAUUGGAUGUCCGAAACGUAUUUCUGGAGACCACUCUUGACGAUUAUUAAAGCGGAGAAAUGCACAUUCUGGAGACUGCAGGGGUUUUUAACCCUCGCCGCAAAAUUCUUUUUUUGAAAUGGUGCAGUUUUCUAAAUGCGAACAUCCACACACACACACAAAAACAAAAAACAACAACAAAACAAAACCCAAGGAAUUUACUGGAGUUUUAUUUUUGAACUCAACAGGUGUUUUUUUUUCUUUAAAAAAAAACAAGGAAAAUGGAAAGGGGGGGGUCGCGCAGCUGUUCCACUCUGCCUGGGUUCAAUUUUGAUAAACGAACCCUCCUUCGCAAAUUUUUACAAUUUCAGACUGAAGCAAACUGCUGGGUUUUGAAGCUUUUGAUUUGGAAGACGUAGCUGGCCACACUACGACAACACACACACUUACGCAUACGCGCGCACACGGGCGCGCACACACACGCUCUCUCUCCUGAGAUUGAAAUGCAGCCAGUCACUUUUAAGCCCUUGUGUGCAAAUUCUUUAUUUUUGUACUAUUUUUAAAAAUUAGAAAGCAAAAAAAAAAAGAGGAAAAAAAAGAGGAGGAGGAGAAAAAAAAAUCAGAAAAAAAUAAUGUUCUGAUUCCCCAAAGAUUUAAAAUGUGAAGGGUGGGACUUUAAACGGUGCAAAGCAGACAGCAAUAAGCGUGAAUUGAAGUCAAUCUCUGUUUCAUCAACUCCCUCCCAAAAGAAUCCAGCACAGUUGAAGGGAUGGUUGUGUAAAACUUAGAAAAUGUAGCGCUGUCCGUAAGUUUCUUUUUUUUUUUUGUUUUGAGAAGUCAGCCUUUAUUGCACAUUGACUAAAGAUGCUGGACUUUGUCCCUCAAAAUCUAGAAUUUUGGCUCCUGGCCCACUAUCACGUCGAAAGAUUAGCCCUCUUCUUAUUAUGGAGGACCCUGUGUGCAAUUCUCCAGUUUGGGCUCAAGGUCAAAAAAAAGGCCGUCCCUUACUCUGCAUGCCACUGUUGUCAGUUCUUGCUGCAAUACGGAAGAUUCUCUGAUGAUCCUUCUUCGCAACCCUUCCACCUCAACUUCCAAAAAAAAAAGCUGCUUUCAUCCCAUUCCUACUUCGAUGGGCAGGAGUUCACCCGGUGAAGGAAACAAAGAAGAAUCACUGCCUUGCCUCUAUGCUCAAGCUGCUCAAAAGACAAAACCCAACAAAAGGAAAGUUCAUCAGUGAGCAAUGUCUACCUUCCAGGGCUGCUGAUAGACAAAGAGGACGAAGAGGACUUGGGGACUGUAAGACCUCAAAGGAAGCUCAUAGCGUUGGCUUGAUGAACUUUUGGGGAAGAGGUGAGAAGGAGAAAUCUGAAAAGGUUUGUGACCUCUUUGGAAGGGGAGGAGAAGAAGACGAGGCAGCCAUCCCGAAAUGCUCUCCAGCAUCUGGCUUUAAGAGGGAGACAACUCAAGAACGGAGAUCUAUCUUCAAAGCUUUCUUGGAAGAAUGCAUUUCUUGGCCUCCAAUCUGUACCCAGUGACUUGUGCUUGACAUAGCUAGAACCACUGUGGUCCUCAAGGACAACGUUUACGCUCGGAGUCCAGCGAAGAAAUCCUGUAGGUGGGAAAUGCGACAAGAUUUAGGAGGAGAUCUGAGGAAAUAAAUCAUUCUGUGGGCUUUGUGUCCCAUGUGCUGCUGUUUUCAAAGAUCCCAUCCUGUGCUUUUUUUUUUUCCCCUCUCCCAAAGUAUAUAUGGAAGGAAAAUCAGUGUAUUUGGACUUAGCCAAGUAGACGGAGUACAGAAUUCCACCACUCUUAUUAUUAUUUUUUAAAGGGUGGUGGGGAAUCGCCGAGGAAGCAUAUCCCACCAUAUAUCAUGGAUUGCUUUUGAAAAGUUGAGAAAGUUACACAUGUGAUCCUUUGGACAAGGCUGAUGGAAGGAAUCCCUUCUCUUGGUCUGGAUGCCCAAGUGAAUAUUGUUUUUUUUUAUCUCAGCAUCUGGUUUUCCAAGGGUCCUACACGCUGCUUUCCAAGUGAGGACACAGCAGCCAGCCCAUUAGAAGUAGCCAGGUUGGGAUCUGUUGCCCUUCUCAAGAAAGGCAGCCUUGGGAAAGAGAGCAGGAAAGGUGCCUUAGGUCGGGCCUGAAGUGCAAUGAAGAUGAUAUUCUAGGUGUUGAGUUUUUCUUUUUUUAAUCCGGCCCUUUUAAGGAAGAAAGAAGGAAAGAAAGGAAGGAAGGAA